UGCAGUUGUGAGGUAGAAGGAGAAAAUUAAUUUAUUUCUGUAAUCUCAUGGGCAAAAACGCAAAUCGGUCCUGCAAUCACGCACGUUCUGGCGUACGGAACAGGACAAUGUCGGCAGUGGUUUUCGUGGUCAAGAACAACAGUUUGUGGUUGGCGUAGUGCUUAAGGUACAUGACUGGGACACAGCCUGUCUGGUGAAGAGGGGCGAAGAGGGGAGGAGAGUAACCUAGUCCUGGAAUCCUCUUACCGGCAUAAUCUCCGGCACCAUCUGCCCAACACCUCCUCCUUUGAUCCGCUAUUCCCUAUGUGCGUUUCAGUAAAGUGAACCACACUACCUUCCGAGGCAAAACAAACCAAGAAAGAAGAUAAGAACACAGGCAACUGCAAUUGGCUGCUGAGACGGAGCAUUUUAAGCAAUACAUACCCUACGUCCAAAUGUAAAGAGAUUAACGAAACGUCCGUAAAAGCCCGGAGCGAGGUAUUGGAGGUACUGAGAUUCUUCCAGUUUAUCGCAGAACAUGCUACUCUGUCCAGCGGUGGAAAGAAACCAGGAUGGCUUGCUGUCGGUACUGUCGGAACAGCUGGGUCAGCAGUCGCACCGCGAGCUGUUCGCGCUGGAGCUGGGCUCCGGCACGGGACAGCAUGUGGUACACUUCGCUCAGGGCCUGCCUUUCGUCACUUGGCAACCAUCGGACAUAAAUGAGGAGUUCAGGGACAGCAUUCGCUCCUACAUCGUGGCGACGAAGGUGAAGACCGUACUGGAGCCACUGCACUUGGACGCAGGCGAGCCCUGGGAGAAAUGGGCGGGGCUCCAUAAGAGCUCGUGUGACAUCAUCCUGUCAAUCAACAUGCUUCAACACUGUUCUUUCGGCACUAUUGAGGGGGUGUUUAAAGGCUCAGGGCAGAUUUUGAGGAAGGACGGCUUCUUGAUGACAUACGGGCCUUACGCAAUAAACGGCAUCAUCGCCCCCAGCAGCAACGAGGAACUGGACCAGACCAUACGGGAGAAGAACCCAGAGUGGGGUCUUCCAGAUGUGGACGUCCUGAGGCAGCUGGCAUUCAGCAACGGGAUGCGUCUGGAGAGGAUGAUGGAGAUGCCGGAGAGCAAUAAAUGCCUCAUCUUCCGGAAACUCUGAGGCUUCCCCAGCAUUCCCAGAAACAGGAGCCUCUCCCGUGGUCCCCCUUCCAGCAGCUGCUCCAGAGUCGCCCCGGUGACCAGAGCGCCCCCUGCUGGAGUUUCUCUGCGUGUGAUAUGCGUGUUCCCGCAGCGAAUAAACUGCUGAACGUCCAAUCCAGGCUGCAUCUAUUUCAAUACUGUAAACUGCUCUAUACACAUAUUACAGAAUAACACACACGUAAUAUUUGAUUUAAAAAAUUAAAUCGUGGUGCUUGGACAUCGAAGAAUAUGAAACCAAGGUGGUGCUCAUUGAUACAGGGUCUUUUAAUUGAACAUGAAAAUAAAUGAGAAAAAUAAAUCUGAGGAAGUCUUCUCAAUCCAGUUACAAAGAGCGUUAGA